AUAAUGGUACGUACCGUAUUAUGCCCCGCGACUCUGCCCCUCCACUUUAAAAAACCACCCCACCAAAAUUUGGCCUGGUAACAAGAACAGUCAACUAUCAAGACAACAGACGCCUUUUCCUUUACCCGGCUCCCUAGGUAUAUUGAGAAAUCGCUCGUAAUAUUCCUCAUCUGAACGAUUAAUCCGCUGCCGCAAUCAUGCUCGACGUUCAAGAUUUCAUCGCCGAGCGGGGUGGCAACCCUGAGAAGAUCCGCGAGUCUCAGCGCCGCAGAUAUGCCCCGGUCGAGGUUGUCGACGAAGUCAUUGCCAUGUUCGAGGACCAUCGAAAAACUCAAUAUGCCGCGACUCAGAUAAACAGCAAGAUCAACGAUGUCAACAAGCAGAUCGGUGCUAAGAAAAAGGCUAAGGAGAACGCCGAUGAGUUACUUCAGCAGAGAGCCGACCUCGACAAGGAGAAGAAAGCUCUCCUCGACUCGGCCGCCCAGAAAGAUAUUGCGCUGAAAGCCAAAAUCAACACCAUCGGCAACAUCGUUCACGACUCCGUACCCGUAAACGAUAACGAGGAUAACAACGUGGUUCAGCGAACGUGGGCCCCGGAAGGCGUCAAGGUAGAAAAGAGGGAUGUGCUUUCGCAUCACGAAGUUCUCCUACGGCUGGAUGGCUACGACCCAGACCGUGGAGUCAAGGUUGUUGGCCACAGAGGUUACUUCCUACGACAAUGGGGUGUAUUCCUCAACCAGGCCCUAAUUAACUAUGGCUUGGAAUACCUCUCCAGCAAAGGAUUCACACCUUUGCAGACCCCCCAGUUCAUGCUCAAGGAUUACAUGGCGAAGACCGCCCAGCUAGAGCAGUUUGACGAGGAGUUAUACAAGGUCGUUGAUGGCGAGGCGCAAAACGACAAAUACCUUAUCGCCACCUCAGAACAGCCCAUCUCUGCCUUCCACGCCGACGAGUGGCUUAUAGCCAAGGACCUACCCAUCAAGUACGCGGGAUUCAGCACAUGCUAUCGAAGGGAAGCCGGUUCCCACGGUCGCGAUGCCUGGGGUAUCUUCCGCGUGCAUCAAUUCGAGAAGGUGGAGCAGUUCGUGCUCACGGAUCCCGAAAAGUCGUGGGAGAUGUUCGAAGAGAUGUUCACCACCUCCGAGGAGUUCUACAAGUCUCUCGGCCUACCAUACCAAGUUGUGGCCAUCGUAUCAGGCGCGUUGAACAAUGCUGCUGCGAAGAAAUUCGACUUGGAGGCCUGGUUCCCCUUCCAGGGAGAGUACAAGGAGCUAGUCUCGUGCUCCAACUGCACAGACUACCAGUCUCGCGCACUCGAGAUCCGGUUUGGUGCCAAGCAGCAGACGGAGAUCAAGAAGAAAUACGUCCACUGCCUCAAUUCGACACUAUGCGCUACUGAGAGAGCGCUGUGCUGUGUUCUUGAGAACUACCAGACUGAGGACGGUCUCCGAGUUCCCGAGCCGCUACGCAAGUACCUCCCAGGUGCUCCCGAAUUCAUUCCUUUCUCCAAGGAAUUGCCUAAAGACACGACUUCGCAAAAGGCCAAAGCUAAAGCGGAUAAGGGAGCCAAGCAAAAGGUGGCUGCCGCGGGAGCUGCCGUGGCGGAGGUUGGGGAGAAGCUGAAGAACACUGUUGUGUAACUGAUCGGAGUUCGGGAGACCGGGAUAUCAAGGAAUGCCUUUUGAAUUGAUGUGAACAAGUUACAGGAAGAUACUCAUGUGUGUGCUUCUGUUAUGCUAUGCCACUUGAUGAAGAGCGGUGGCUAUCAUUUCUCCUAGAAACGUAGGAAUUACCUCGGAUAUUAAGAGAAGGGGUAUCUCAUGAACGAUUAGAUCUCAUGGGAGGUAUAAUUUUGUUACCUCGUUUACCUUUAAGAGAGAGCAAGUGUGAUUAUGGGUCACAUUAUGUUACCCAAUGUACCUAGGUAAAUAGUAAAUACUGAGGCGGUAUUACGCGGGUCACAAAAGAG